AUGUAUUCAUCCGUUGAAAUUGAAAAACAUGAGGCCGGUAUACCAGAAACAAUAGAAUUCUACAAUAGCACAAAAUUCGAUGUAGAUAUAACCGACCAAAUGGCCAGAAAAGAAGAGCUUGCCACCGAAUAUCAGGAAGAACAACCGAAGGAACAGCAAAAAUCACAAAUAUAUAAACUACAGAUUCAUGAUUGGGAGAAAUGCCAGAUAAGAUUUUGCAAAGGCAAUAAGACGAACAAAAUCUAUUUAAAAUGUGAAAAAUACGUAUAUGGUAAAUGUACAAUCGAGAAUCCUAUAAUUUAUAAAAAAAUAUUUCGUUCACUAUCUAGUUGUUUAUAAUCUUCAUUCUAUAUUAAGAAAUCUGUUUUUUUUUUUUUUUUUAAAGUGGUCAUAUGA